AUGAUUCUGGAAGGAAGUGGUGUAAUGAAUCUCAACCCCAGCAACAACCUCCUCCACCAGCAGCCAACCUGGGCAGACAGCUACUCCACGUGCAAUGUUUCCAGUGGGUUUUUUGGAGGCCAAUGGCAUGAAAUCCACCCUCAGUACUGGACCAAGUACCAGGUGUGGGAGUGGCUCCAGCACCUUCUGGACACCAACCAGCUCGACGCCAGCUGUAUCCCUUUCCAGGAGUUCGACAUCAGUGGUGAACAUCUCUGCAGCAUGAGUUUGCAGGAAUUCACUCGGGCGGCAGGCUCCGCAGGGCAGCUCCUCUAUAGCAACCUGCAGCACCUCAAGUGGAAUGGCCACUGCACCAAUGAUCUGUUCCAGACCACACACAAUGUCAUUGUAAAGACGGAACAAACCGACCCUUCAAUCAUGAACACUUGGAAAGAAGAAAACUAUUUAUACGACACCAACUAUGGUAGCACAGUAGAUUUGUUGGACAGCAAAACAUACUGCCGGGCCCAGAUCUCCAUGACAACUACCAAUCACCUUCCUGUCGCUGAAUCACCUGAUAUGAAAAAGGAGCAAGACCACCCUGCAAAGUCUCACACCAAAAAGCACAAUCCUCGAGGGACUCACUUGUGGGAAUUCAUCCGCGAUAUCCUCCUGAACCCAGACAAGAACCCAGGCUUAAUCAAGUGGGAAGACCGGUCUGAAGGCAUUUUCCGGUUCCUGAAAUCAGAGGCUGUAGCUCAGCUAUGGGGGAAAAAGAAGAACAACAGCAGCAUGACUUAUGAAAAGCUUAGCCGGGCCAUGAGAUAUUACUACAAAAGAGAAAUUCUGGAGCGUGUGGAUGGACGAAGACUGGUAUAUAAAUUCGGGAAGAAUGCUCGUGGCUGGAGAGAAAACGAAAAUUGA